UCCAAAUUCCAAAACACAAACACACGAUUCACGAUUCUGCUUCUGCAUUUCUUUCACAAAAAACAACAAGUCUUUUGCAGAAAUUUCGAUCCUUUAUUGUGUUGUGUGUAAGAGAGAGAGAACUGUUAUCGUGUUUAGUUGGCAAUCGCCAUUAACACACCUUGUUCCACCCAAUCAGUUUGCGGCUGUUUUGUUUUUUAGUUUUAUCUUCUCGCCUCGGUUUUAGCAAACCUCCCUUUUUUCUUGUGUAGUUAUCUUCUUCCUCAAGCAAUUUUUGUGUGAUCUUUUGGGUUAAAAAAAAGGUUGCAACUUUCUUCAUUUUGUUGUUGUGAUGAUGAGAAGGGUGGAGCGAGAUCAACAGCAGCAAUCUAGGGUUUUUUACGAUCUAUCGGCUCUUGUUUUGAAUCUUCUCCGUUCACCUCCUAUGCCGAUUUCUUUCCCCGACGACCAAUUCUCCGAUCCGCCGCCUAGACUUCGUCCUCCGUCUUCGCAUCGUUUCUCGUCUUCUUCGUCUCCUUCUCUGGCGCAUAUUUCGCCAUCUGGGUUCGCGUCGUUGCUGCUUGGUAUAUCCGUGGCUCUUAUGCUCUGUGGAUCUGUGACUUUCUUCAUCGGGUUUCUAUUGAUGCCUUGGGUUCUCGCUCUUAUCAUGGUUUUCUAUGUCGCCGGGAUCGUCUCCGCCAUUUCUAUGGUUGGUAGGUCUAUUCUCUGUUACGUCUUGACGCCUCCUUCUUCCUCCGGCAAGGAGAUUUCUGAAUGGAAGCUGUUGUGAAAUGAUAAACAAGGAGCUUAAAGCAUCCGGAAGAAACAGAGCGAGGCAGGACAACAAAAAGAAGAAGAAUGGGAUUUGGUUAUUAUUAUAAACACAUCCUAUAUAGAGUUUUCCUCUAUGUUCUUUAUCUUGUAAUUUGGGUGGGGAUGGGGAUAAUCAUGUGGAUAUUGGGGGAGUUUCAUAUAUUUUACUUAUCCAAAACAGAAUUUUCUAUUUUACUGUUAGAGAUAGAGAAAGGCUUCAGAUUUGUGUGUUUCUUUUAAUGGAUGUUUUCUUUAUUAUUAUGUAACAUGAUUUCUUAAAGGCUAUAAUACAAAGAUUCUUAGGGA